AACUGUCACUGCUGCUCCUGACCGUUGCCUUUCAGACAGCAUCAGAGCAACUGAAACAGGCACAAGCUGAAAGGCUGUGCACAUUAUAUUUCUGUUUGUUAAUCAACAAGAACUAUAUUUACAGCAUGACUACUUAUAUAGUCAUACUAUAGGCAGGGGUGAAGAAAUGUUGACUCAGUUGAUCAGCCAGACAAAACAUUUCGCUCGUCAAGCUCCGUUGGUGCAUUGCUCAGCAGGACUGUUUUCACUCGUCAGGCAUCAUUUUCCAUUCAUCACAGACUAGUAGACUAGUGGAUUGCUGCAGCCCUGUUUAUAGGGACAGAACAACAGAAACCAGAGGGACAUGAUGGAGGGCUGAACAGGGACAGUUGCAAGGAAGCCCAGAGCCCAGGCCCCGGUGAGCUCUCCAGAGAAGUUUGGAUUUCUGAAGCAAACAGCUCUUGUUUCAGAGUUUCCACCAGCCAGCAGUAAGUGAACUGGGAGCAACGAAAGUGUAGUGAGAAACUUCAUCAGCUUCUGAUCCCGAUGGGGCUGCUUUGGUGGCAGCUCUCGGUCCUGGGGGUAGCUGUCCUCCUGCUGGGUCAAGGCACUGGCUCCUCUACACAUUCCUUGGGCCUUUCCUACACGUGGCUCCCUGAGCUCAACCAGGGGCUGCCUGAGUUCAUGGCUGGGCAGUUUGUGGAUGACCAGCCCAUCACUUACUAUGACAGCAGCACCAAGAGAGUGUUGGCCCGAGCACAAUGGAUGGAGAAGAACAAUACCCAGUUCUGGGACUUAGAAUCAAAGACCAUGAAGAGCUGGGAGGAAAAGUUCAGAGCACUUUUUGUAAGGCUGAAGAAUGUCUCCAAUCAGAGUGAGGGGCUUCACACCUGGCAGGGCAUGCUUGGCUGUGGACUGCGUGAGGAUGGGAAGAAAUGGGGAUACUGGCGAUCUGGUUAUGAUGGGCGGGACUUCAUCAGCUUUAACACAGAGACCAUCACCUGGAUGGUAGCCGAUGCUGCGGCCGAAAAGAUGAAGGGGAAAUGGGGGUCUCUGCUGACAAUGAGCUCGAACAUGAAGCGCUACCUGGAGGGGCCCUGCAUUGAGCGGCUGCUGACAUUGGUGGCCUGUGGAAAUGGCUCCCUGCUGAGGAAAGAGCGCCCAGUGGUGAAGGUGACACUCAAAGCAACUGUUGGUGGCCAGGAAACCCUCUUCUGCCAGGCUUAUGGCUUCUACCCCAAGGGGAUCAACAUCACCUGGAGGAAAGAUGGAGAGUUCUGGAAGCAGGGCAAGUUCUCUGUCAACCCCAACUCAGAUGGGACCUACCACAGCCGGACGAACAUUCAGAUUGAUCCCAAGGACAGGGGGCGCUACCUGUGUUCUGUGGAACAUGCCAGUCUGCCAGAACCCCACUUGAUUCCCUUGGAAGGGCCAGAUGCCACCAUCUCAGUUCCUACCACUACCCAUCGAGUGAAGCCUCCUGACCCAACAGUGGUGCACCCCUCCCCGAAGGAUGCGCCUCGCUGCCCUAUCAGCCAGUGCAUCUCACAUGCUUCCUUGUGCAAUGGCGUGUGGUACUGUUCCAGUGGAGGAGAUGAGCAGACCUUUGGCUCCUCCUCACAUUCCUUGCGCUUUUCCUACACGGGGGUCUCAGAGCCCAGCCAGGAGUUACCUGCAUUCACAGCUGUGGAAUUCGUGGAUGACCAGCCCUUUGUUUACUAUGACAGCAGCAACAAGAGGGCCCAGCCCCGAGCACAGUGGAUGGAGAAGGCAGUGAAGGAUGAUGCCCAACUCUGGGACACAGCAUCUAGGAGCCUACAGGACUGGGAAGAGAAGUUCAGAAUGGACCUGAUGAACAUUCAGAGUGACUACAGCCAGAGUGAAGGGCUUCACACCUGGCAGUACAUUGGUGGCUGUGAGCUGAGCAAAGAUGGGAAGAAAAAGGGAUAUGAAAUAUAUGGAUUUGAUGGGUGGGACUUCAUCUUCUUUGACAUGGAUACCCUCACCUGGAUGUCAACUGAUGCUGUGUCUCAAAAAACUAAGAGGAGGUGGGAGACUGAUCCAAAAAUGAAUCAUGACAAGAAGCAAUACCUGGACAACUGCAUUAACUGGCUUCAGAAAUCAGUGGCCUAUGGGAAGGAGUCCCUGCUGAGGAAAGAGGCCCCUGUGGUGAAGGUGGUCCACAAGACAGCUUCUGAUGGCCAGGAAACCCUCGUCUGUCAGGCCUUUGGCUUCUACCCCAAGGAGAUCGAGAUCAGCUGGAGGAAGGAUGGAACGGUCUUGGUGCAGGACGUCAUCCCUAGUGGUAUUUUCCCCAACUCGGAUGGGACCUAUUACACCUGGAGCAAGAUCCCCAUUGUCCCCAACGAGAAGGACCACUACCAGUGCCAUGUGGAGCCUGCUGGGACCUCUGGACCUCAGUCUCUGGGCAGAGACUGGUAGGAGGCUUCAAAGUGACGGAGAAAGAGAGUAAACAGCAAAGAAAGAAAACUCAGGCAAAACAAAAAUGUGCAAACAAAUCCACUGCUUUUGAAUGUUCUGAGUUGAAUGUAAUUCCAAUCCAAAAAGGGUGUUGCAAAGGAAACACAAGGAAGAAGCACCCUCAACAUGUAAAGAUCUUACCUAGUACAUCCAGUCUUCUCACACAUCAAAUAACUAAUACAGCUGUGGGUGGGGGAUAUGAAUGCAUAGAUUAUGGAAAGAGCUUCAGCCACAGCUCAAGUCUUACCUACCGUCAGAGAGUCCACACAGAGGAGAAAAUAUAUCAGUGCUUGGUGUGUGGAAAAAGCUUCAGCUACAACUCAAGCGUUACCUACCACCAAAGAAUUCAUUCAGGAGAGAAAAUGUAUAAAUGCUCAGAAUGUGGAAAGAGCUUCAGUCACAGCCCUAAACUUACAGUAUGUUCUCAUGUCGGAACAGUUCUGCAUAACUGGAAAGCCCGCAUGCAUCAUUUGCUUGGUUCUAAUAAAGGCAUUUUACUGAC